AAAGUUGUAAGACUCUAACAGGAAGAGGAAGUUAUAAGUUUCAGUGGUUCAUGCUCUACGUACCAAAAUCAAAUCACACUCACGGCGCCAUGGAGGAGCUUGAUAUGCUUUUGGAGGAGUUGGCUGCAACGUCUGAGAAAACUGACACCAACAAAAAGCUGACCCUAAACGUGUCUGCGCAGUCCUCAGGUGUCGGCGCGACAUCAGGACAAGGCGCUAAGGAAAAUGUGUACAGUCAGUUGCCUGCUCCGGUCUCGGCUGAGUUGAUGAGUCCGGGAACGGCAACUCGAGAGCUGGACUCCAUCAUGAAUGAGCUGCUGGGCCUGAACCUGGAGGUCUCAGAUCAACCGCUUGUUCAGGAGUCUGAAAAAGACAAAAAGCCAGAAGACAAAAAAGAAACUGCAGUAACCAGUGUGCAAGAUGAUCCAGGAGCGGAGAACACGUCCAAGAACUCGUCUAAGAACAUCGACACCAUUGACAACCUGCUGGGAACGCUGAGCUCGGAUAUGGAGAAGAUGGGAGUGCGCACUACGGCCAAGGGACACUGUGCUUCCUGUGGGAAGGGCAUCGCUGGGAAGAUAAUCACGGCCCUGGGGCAAGUGUGGCACCCCGAGCACUUCGUGUGUAUGGUGUGUAAAGUGGAACUCGGCUCUAAAGGCUUCUUCGAGCGUGAUGGAAAGCCGUACUGCGAGGCUGAUUACCAGCAGCUGUACUCGCCACGCUGCUCGUACUGCCAGGGUCCGAUUCUACAGAACAUCCUGACGGCGAUGGACCGCACAUGGCACCCAGAACAUUUCUUCUGCACUCACUGCGGGGAACAGUUCGGACCUAGUGGGUUUAUGGAGCGUGAAGGAAAGCCGUACUGCCCUAAAGAUUUUUAUUUCCUGUUUGCUCCGAAGUGUACGGGCUGUGGAGAGGCGGUUAAGGAGAACUACCUCUCAGCGGCCAAUGGCACCUGGCACCCGGAAUGCUUCGUCUGCGCUGACUGUCUGCAGCCCUUUACAGACGGCUGUUUCCUGCAGAUAGACGGUCGCCCCCUGUGUUCUCAGCACUACCACUCUCGGAUGGGGACGCUGUGCGCCACUUGUAACGCCCCCAUCACGGGCCGCUGCAUGUCCGCUCUGGGACGCCGUUUUCACCCCGAGCACUUUGUGUGUGCUUUCUGUCUGCGUCAGCUCUCUCAGGGAGUGUUUAAGGAGCAGGCCGGAAAACCGUACUGCAACCCCUGUCACACCAAACUCUUCCUAUAAAAGCAAGUGGUUAGCGCGUUCCGGUUUCUGUCCCCGAGUCUGUCGAGACAAUUAUAGGGAAAAAAUAAGCAUGAGAUAAUAACAGUAAUAAUCGAAUCCCUCAUACACAGUUUGAUAUUACAGAUCAGAAAUGACAAGGGUGAGUCAAAAAUGAUCCGUACUCUGGUUAUAUUAAAACUUCAGUAGUCUUAUCAGUGCUUUCUGUUAAUGGCUCCUGUCUCCCCAGUCACUGCUGUGCAGGUGUGAACGUUUUACAUUAGUUCAUUUGUAACUGCAGCGCGAGCAAAAAUGGGAUUUCCCAUUUGCAUGAAAAAAAAAGCAGCGUACAGCAAUUUUUUCGUGGUCUGAGGGUAUACCUGGUCCUGAAACAACUCACAGAAGAGCAUAAACAGAUGCGUUUGGAUAUCUGCAAACUAAAUUUGUAGCGUUACUCUAAGGAAGGUGAAAGUUUCUUAAAGAGAAUCAUUACUGGUGACGAGACACGGAUUCAUACGAGUCUGAGAGUAAAAGGCAGAGUAUGGAACGGAAACAUCCUCGGAGAAAAAGUUAAAAAGUCCACCAUCAGCUGGAAAAUGCAUCAAUGCUUACAGGUUUUCUGGGAUUCCCGAGGGCCAGAAGUAUUGGAACAUUAUGCUCGUUACAGCGAGAUGCUUAUUGAAGAGCUGAAGCUUAUAUUUUAGAUUAAACGCAGAGGACUGAUAUCCAAGUGUGUCGUGAUCUUGCAUGAUGAUGUAUGUCUUUGUUUUGAGGUGUUAAAGUGUCCUCCCUAUAGUCCAGAUCUCGCUCAAUCAGACUUUCACCUGUUUGGUCCCCUGAAAGCGGCCCUACGAGGAUGAAGAUUGACUUCUGAUAAAGACAGUUGUGGAUUCAUGGCUCGCAGCUAAGAAUAAAAAAAAUGUAAAUGAGGGGACCCGAGAGCUUGUUGACAGACGGACAAAGUGUAUUGAAAAAGCAAGGAAAAUAUGUUGAAAAGUUAUGUCCUUUUCUAAAAGUUAUUAAAAUUAUUUCUACAGCCUGAGUGUGGAUAAUUUUUGACUCACCCUAGUACAAUCCCAAACUUUUUCCACUAGAUCAAUGUAUAGAUACUGAUUUAUCAUAUUUUUAGCAUCACAUUCCUGGUUGUGUCUGACAAGAGUGGGAUGUGAUCUGAUCUACUCCUGUUGUAGCGCAGUGUCCUGAGUUUGUGCUGAGAUUCUUUUCUGCAUAACAUAUUGGAGUUAGUGAUCCUACUGGCUUGAAAAGUCCAGGCUGUUCUGUAUUACAUUGACUUUUAAGCGUAAUCUAAUCUAAUCUAAUCUAAUCUAAUCUAAUCUAAUCUAAUCUAAUCUAAUCUAAUCUAAUCUAAUCUAAUCUCCACCCCUCUACUAGACACUGUCACCAGACAUUCAGUGUUUUUCUUCCUCUUUCCUCCACACCACUGUGUCAGACUGCUUCAGUAUGUAUGAAACCUCCACAGAAUUUUUGAAAAACCCAAACUUGGAAACGACACCCACAGUUGCCACUGAGCUCAUUAAAAAUGUAACAUCCUUGUUAAAAUUUAAGUAAAGCACUUGACAUCUACAUGUAUUUGCAUGAUUUGACAUGAUCUGACGCCAUAUGACUGGCUGAUUAGCCGUUUUCAUGAAUGUCCAGGUAUAUGGGUGUUCCUAAUAAAAUGUCAGUCAAGUGCAAAUCAGAUAAAAGUUACUGUUUGUACCAUACAGUCUCUUUUAUAAGUGUUUACUCCUUUUGAACUUUACAGUCUGGAUCCUGUGUUAUUUGGAUUGCUAAUAAAGACUUGGUUGUUAUUUGCUGCCCUCUAGUAGAACCAAAGAGAAUAGCUCUUAUUUUCUUGCAGAAUCUUUGAGUUCAGUUAAGUAAUUAUGCGCUCUCUCUUUCCCUCUCUCUCUCUUUCUUUAUUAUUGUCUUCAUGGUUCUGUUUUUUUUGUACUCCUAUUUUGUUGGUUUCCCUUGCCUCUUCACCCCUCUUCUUUUUUCUUUC